AUGGGACACCAGAAAACACCAGUCGACCUUAAAAAGCCGGUGCCUUUUACUACAUCAAUUUCUGGAGGCAUAUUCCCUGGUAAAAUGAUUUUCAUUAGCGGAGUUCCAAAUCCAGAUGCGAAGAGAAUCACCAUUAACUUGAGGUGUGCUCCCAAAGUCGAAAGUAACAUCGCUUUGACUUUUGACAUACGCCUCCAAUGGUAUGGGGAAUCUAACGUGGUCGUCAGGAAUUCUAUGAGGAAUGGUUGGUGGAUGCUAGAGGAAAGACACACCCCAUAUUUUCCCUUCAUGCCCAAUGCCAACUUUGACAUGAUCAUAAUGGCAGAACAGCACCAAUUUAAGAUUGCUGUCAACAAUCAAUACUUGCUGGGGUUCAGACACCGUGUUCAGCCAUUGAACAGAAUUAACACCUUGCAGAUCACGGGUGAUGUCGGAUUAACUCAAGUCCGCUUUCAGUAA